AUGUGGCCUCCAGGCUGUCUGCGUCGCCUGCAGGCGCCGCGGCUGUUGGGGAGGCAGCCGCUGGUGCUGCUGCUGGUGUUGCUGCUGUUGUUGAGUUGUUUAUGUUGGCCGUGCAGCAGCAGAAACGCGGUUUCUGAGCACCAGCAAGAUGAGCAGCAGACUGUACAGCACGAGGAGCACACUGCGCAGCAGCAACCGCUGCAGAUUGCGCAGCAGAUAGUGCAGCAGGUGGUGGAGCAGGUACCGGUGAAGCUGCAACAGAUGAGACACUGGCUGAAGGUUGCUUACCGUAGGUAUAAUCGAAGUGCGAAGAAUGAAGCGAAAAUACAGACAGAAAGCGUUAGAGGCACAUCAAGAGGGAGUUCACGAUGGAAUCGCAGAUAUGGAGAAGUCGACAGAGGCAGCAUCAAACGGGAAAGAAGUCACGCGUUGCUUGGUAGGGAGCAGCAGCAGCCUGCCGCCUCACAGACCCGCCGCAUGCAGCUGGCAUCAUUGAUUGCAUUGGCUUCUGCGCUGCUACUAGCAAUUAAGGUGCUCCAGCAAGAAAAGAGGCUUUCUAGGGAAGAAGCGCGCUUGGAGGGAGAGUUGGAGCAGCAAGACGAUACAGCAGCAACGAGGAAGCAGCUCGAGGAAGCAGGAGAGAGGGAACAGCUGACGCAGCACUUGGCACUGCAGGAGAUGUAUGUAGCAAAGCAGCAGCAGGAGCAGACGGAGCAGCAGCUGUGGAUGCUGCAGCAGCGCAUGCAGAUGCUGCGCGCCCGUCAUGCAGAAGCCCUCGUCCCCAUGGAUGAGCAGGCAGCCCGCACCCUCGAGGCUGCUAAGACUCGACUUGCAGCUGCAAGGGAAGGGAGAGAAGAGGCACUAGUGUCCCUAGAAGCCUUCUCGAAAGUGCACGGCCUAGAGGAGACAGAAGCUAAGGGGUUGCUGACCCGUCUGCAAGAAGAACUAAGGGAGGAAGAGAGAAAUGCAGCGCUCAUAGAUAGCUGCCUAACAAGGGGCCGCCAAGCAAAGACAGUGGAUGAGAUGUUACAUGCAAAACAGUUGCAGCUGUAUGCACUCGAGAGGGAAAUUGAUUUUAUUGAAGAUGAACUACAAGACUGGCAGGAGACAAAGGUAGGGGAACAAAAGCGGCACGAGGAAGAGGAGACAGCUCUUGAUGGAGACCUCAAUGAGCUAAAGGAGCUGCAGACAGAGCUGGAGAACCGCACUGCUGAGGCCAUUAAGGCAACUGAAUCGUCUGAGGCAGAGAAACAAAAAAUAGAGAAAGAAAUGGACGAGAUAGAUCAAUUGCUACAGCGAGGGCUUGCGCAUCUUGACUUCUUUGACCAUGCACCUGAUUUCUUCAAAAGAAAAGACGAAAUGCUUAAAAAGGCAACUGAGAUGCAGCAGAGCUUUGCCGAUGAGCUGCACGAGCUCGUGGGGGCACCGCGCAAUGAUGCAGCAGAAGCAGCGGCAGCAGCAGAAGUCGGACAGGCGGAGAAAGGAGACAGCCAGGAUGAUCUUAGCGGCGCCAUCUCCUCCCUCUACCCUGAAGAGGCGCAACUGCUAGCAACCAAGAAACUGCUGCGCCGUCUGCACAGACGCAAGUCGGAGGUAGAGGCAGAACUUGCAACUUUUACAGAUACCAAAGAAAGGACUCUCUUGGCAAAGGCCAUUAGAAACUUAGUUCUUGCACAGGCAGACGCACCAGUGGUCUUCCCCGUUGAUUUGGUGGAAGACUCGGACAGCGCGGAGCAGGAGCCAUCUGCAGAGGACACAGCAGAAGGUCCUUCUGGUGCUGCAGCUGGGGAAGGUGGUGCAGGUGGAGCAGAGGAUGCUGCGGAAGACGAGGAGACGGUGGGGGAGGGGUUGAUGCGGGCUCAGGAAGAAGUGGAUUUGGCUCGCCAUCGUUUACGAGAGAGAGAGGAGAGGCGGCAAACACUGGAGGCAGAGUUACGGCAGUUAGAAUCGCAGAUUGCAAAGGCGGAGUUGCAGCAGAGGGAGCAUCAACGGCAGGUUCAGUUGCUGAGAGAUGCUGCUGACGACAAAGUGAAGUUUGCUGUUGCCCAUGCAAUAGCGGAGGACGAUAUGGUGGAACAGCGGCUCAUGCAGCUGGAGAAGGCACUAAAGAUGUUGCAGAACCACGCAGCAGUGGAGCGCCGCGAAGCAGAAAGAACGGCAGCAGUAGUUACAGGGGGCGAAGGGAAAGACAGGGAAGGGGAGAAGCUGCAGCAACAGCAGCGGCAAUGCGAGUAUGCAGAUGACGGGGUCCUAAUGGGGAUGCGGCAGAUAUUUGAACAACUUCUUGCUAUCCGUCUAGCGGAGAGGACAGCCCAUGAUGAUAUAUGGCUCAACCGGCAAAAAGAAGACCUUUUAAAGCCUAAUGUUUUUAAAGAAGUACUGCAGCAGGCAGUAGCAGAAGGACCCUCCUCUCCUGAGCAGCGAUUGCUGUCAGAGUCCUGGGCAGAAUGGACAGUAAAUGAAAUAGAGAAGCUGCAGGAGGAGCUGAAGGAAUCAAAGGAAUUCACUAAGGCGGUACAAAAGUGGUUAAUAGCUAUCACCAAGGCAGAAAACAUAGACUUGCAUGCUAUUCAUAGAGACCACAUGGAGGCGCUGACUUCGCUGCUAAGGGAACAGGAAAAUCAGGCCUUCUGCGAGCAGCGCCUUAAGGUGCUGCAGCAACGCACCCCAGAAGCCAUUAGGAAACGGAUAGAAGCGCUCUUUAUGGAGGCUUUGAGGGAGAGGGAACGCAGAGAGGCGCUCUUUGGGGAAAGCAUGGAGGCAGAACAAGUGCUGUACGACGCACAUGUCAAGGCUAUCCAGGAGCAGGGUAAGAGGCUACGGCGAUUGAGGAAGUUAGUUGAGACAUUUAAAAGAAAGUAUGCCCCUCUAGAAGGUGCAGUGCUGCUGCAUCCCCCAGGAGACCCCCGACCGAGGAAAUUUGUUCACUUCCCCACCGGAAGCAACAAAAGAUUUGCAGGAGAGGCUGUCCCCUCUAGACCGCAGCCCUCCUCUGUCCGCCAACUCAAGGACGGAUUUACGGUAGAGUCUUAUGACGGCAUCCUACAACUAAGCAAGAAGAGCAAGGCUUCUUACACUCCUUAA